AUGUAUGAGCGCCAGCGAGUUUGGCGGGCGUGUCAGGCGUGCCGUCGCAAGAAGGUCAAAUGCGAUGGCGAACAUCCGUGUCAGAGCUGUACUCGCAACAAGGCGGAAUGUGUUUUUGAGCCGUAUAAUAACAUGAGGCUAGUGGAUCCACAAUACGUGAUCAAGCUCGAAAAGAGACUCGCACAAAUGGAGAGAAAUUUGAAAACACAAUCUACUGCUCAAAGCAGCACCGGAGGGAUUGUACAUCCAUUUGCAUCGACCCACGACGAAGACUCUCAUCCUCACAGGGCGGCGUAUCAGUCGGUUCCCGCUUCCGACGAGGGUGCCGUAUCCGAUCCGCCCAACUUCUUGCGAGCGUGCUUAACAGAUGCGACCGUUGAAAGACCAGCAAAUUCCUCAAUACCGGAAGUAAUUACAGGGGCACUCAACUCACAAGUGCAACCAGAAGUAGAUGACUACGAAUACUAUGUCGUCCAGCCGAACGAUACGGAAGAUGCACCAAUUGGCACCGUGUCGAUUCCGGUCGACAUAACGCGACUCGAAGCAUCGCUAACGCACGUCCUGGUUGACCUAUUUUACCACUCAAUAUACCCUAUAUUUCCAAUCAUCCACUGCCACACUUUCCGACCGCAAUAUAAUCGCUGGCUCUGUGGUCAAGACGUCGGUGGGAGUAACCACAACGACGACAAUCAAUUUUCUUUCCUCUUAUAUGCCUUGCUCGCAGCAGCAGCCUCAGUCAUUCCAAAAGAACACCCAAUAUUUGAGCAAGAAGAAUGCAGGAUCUAUAAAGGGGCAGAACUGGGCAAUCUUCUCUAUUUGCAUGCGACAUCUCUGAGCUCAGAUAGAGCAUAUCAGCGGAAUACAACAUCUGCAAUCAAUACAGUUGCCGCACAUGGGAUUAUGAGCUUAUAUUUGACAGAGGCAGGGAGAGUGAAUGAUGCUUGGGUAACUACCGGCCACGCAAUGCGUCUUUAUCAAGGCUUGGAUGUGGAGGACGACGGUGACGGUGACGGUGAUACGACAUCGGAUGCUGCCGACACUUUCUCGACACGAAGCAACAUAUGGCGAUGCCUGUAUAUACUUGAUCGAUCUCUUUCAACAGCACUUCUAAAGCCUCUAGCAAUUGACGAUGUCGAAAGUGACACUGAGUCAUUUGAUGGCGAGAACGACCAAGCAUCGGCCUUGGAGGCAAAAGCAGACCCUUGGUUCUCAGUCGUGGCAGACUUUCAUGUUACGAUGGGUCGAAUCUAUAGAUCUGUUCGACAGAUCCGAAAAUACCAGUCAUCUCAAAACCCAAGACUGAGAGACACGCUGAGAUCAUACGUGAAAAAACAUGAUGCAGAGCUGGAAAAGUACUAUACCACGCAAGUACUGCCGAGAAUAGAAACUGUAGACCGACAAGCAGAUUCUAUCGCUUUGCAAACAAUUGCAGUCUCAUCAUACUAUAUUGGCGUUGUUCUUCUAUACCGAACCUUUAUCGAACGACUGAACAUUGCGGAGCCAGAAGCAUUUCUGCGCUGUGCCGAGGCUGCAUCAAAUUGCAUCAAGGUUACCCCCGAAGUCAUAGCCAGAGUCCCCGCAAGCCACUUUGUGAUACAGCAAAGCCGGGCAAUAUAUGCAAGCACGAAGGUGCUCUUACACUGCAUGCGUCUCGCUCGGAACCCAACCUUUACCAACAAAGCAUGGUCGGAUGUCGAGACCGGCUUCAACAUGCUACGGGAUUUUAAGAUUCAAUGGCCCGAGAUCAAUAAAUACCAGUCACUCAUAGAGAAAGACAUGAAGCUCACACAAAUUGAUCUCAGCAAACACGACAUUCUCAACAGGGCUUUAGAUCAAUAUGGCCAGCUCGCGACUUCCCAACGAUCCAGAUCGAGUGAAACCAUGGGCGUAUCAUACAAUGGCAAUUCUGCCGAUCGAAUGAACACCGAGAAAAAUAUCGGACCCCAUCAUCAAAAAGGAAAGAAGAGAUGCUUUUGUCCGGAUGAGAGAGUGCAAUCUGACUCUGUCGCACCGGCUUGCGAAUCACGGCCAAAGAGAGGCAAACCCGUACCAAACGCCAUUUCACCACCUUCACCUCUCGACAACAUGCUAAGUACCUUUACCGAAUCUGAGCCAUUUGACAGCUAUCCUAUGACAGAGCAGUCGGCAAUAGAUGAUGACCUUCUUCUUGGCGACUUGAUUUCUCAACCAUCUACGCUCGGGGACCCCUCGUUGGACCUUUUCAGCGAUGCAAUGUUGAUGGGCCCGAUCGAUAGUUUUUUCUCGCAAUAUGCAGAUUAG